AUGGAGGGCCUGCCGACCAUCCGAGCCUUCUCCCAACAACGCCGCUUCCACCGCCUCUUCCUUCGCCACGUCAGCGCCAACGCCACCCCGCACCUAUUCUGGCUUGCCACGUGGGAGUGGCUGGGCUUCCAAUUGGACCUCCUCGUUGCCGCCGCCCUGCUCUCCGCCGCCCUCGCCGCCGUGGCCCUGCGCCACUCGCUGCCGCCCGCCAUGGCCGCGCUGGCUUUGUCUUAUCUGCUGCAGCUACCAGACUCCCUGCGCUGGGCGCUGCAAUACGGAGCAGAGCUUGAGAACACGUUCACGAGUGUUGAGCGCACACUCGAGUACACCACGAUUCCAAGUGAAGUGCCCCCACCGAGCCCCAACACCACAAAUGCAGCAUCACACAGCGAGGAGGAGGGGAACAGCAGAAGCUCCCUUCGCCCCCCUUGGCCGUCAGCAGGUGCAGUGCGAGUGGAGCAGCUGACAGUGCGGUAUGGCAGCACGGGGCAGGCAGUGCUGCGCAGCUUGAGCUUUCGGCUCGCAGGAGGAGAGAAGUGUGGUGUGGUGGGGCGAACAGGUGCAGGAAAAUCCACACUCAUGCUCGCUCUGCUGCGGUUGGUGGAAGCGUCUUCAGGGAGCAUUUGCAUUGACGGUGUCGACAUUGCAUCGCUGCCCCUAGCCACCCUGCGAAGCGAGGUGGUGGCCAUUCCUCAAGAGCCGGUUCUUUUCAGCCAAUCAUUGCGAUUCAACCUUGAUCCCCUGGGGCAGCACAGUGACGAGGCCCUGUGGUCGGUGCUGGCAACGGUGCGCCUAAAGCCGCUGGUGGCGGGGCUGCUGGGCGGGUUGGAUGGUGCCCUGGCUCAGGGCGGGGGGAACCUGUCCCUGGGGCAGAGGCAACUGCUCUGUCUUGCAAGGGCGUUGCUGGCGUCGACACGCGUGUUGCUGAUGGAUGAGGCGACAGCGAGCAUGGAUGGGGAGAGCGAUGCAGUAAUUAAAGACAUCCUGUGGGAGUCGUUCAAGGACAGCACCGUCAUCACCAUCGCACACCGCCUCUCCACAGUUCUGCAUUAUGAUCAGGCAAGCCUUUUGAGACGUCUCCAGAGUCAUUCAAGGACAGCACCGUCAUCACCAUUGCACACCGCCUCUCCACAGUUCUGCAUUAUGAUCAGGCAAGCCUUUUGA